GGGACAGUGGAAGGUGUCCCUGCCCACGGCAGGGGGUGGGAAUGGAUGGGCUUUGAGAUCUCUUCCAACCCAAACCAUUCUGGGAUCAAAAUCUCCUGGCAAGCUGUAGGGAACAAAGCCCAAAGGAGCAGGAAGGUCAAUAUGUGAGGGAACAGCCUCGUGAGGUGAAAUUUAAAAUCACCUGGCAGAUUGCUCCCGGUUUGGAAGGAGCAAAACCAAAGACUGUAAUUCAGUGGACGCUGAAGCAUUGGAAAUAUGAGUGAGGGAAGAAUUUACUUUUCUAAAAUAAACUAAUUUGAAAUUUGUGAAGCCUCCAAGCCCAAAAGCUCACCCAGUGAGUUACUGCUCCUUAGCCCACUGUCCUUUGCAUCCCUCAUCCUGUAUUGGCUUUUGGAUUCCCGAGUGGAUUUUUCUGCCCCCUCUGAGUGCUGGGGCCAGAUAGGAUAUCUUGGCUCAUCUCUUGGCCUGCAAGUGUUGUUUGCACUUGCCUAAAGAAGGUGAUACCCCCAUAGUGCAAGGUCUGUGGUGUGCAAUCCAUGGGAGGAUUGGAACGUCCUUCCCAGUUCUAGGGUCUGGAUAAAGGACUGCAAGCUCAGGAUACUGGGGCCUGUGUAAAUAUCCUUGGCUGGGUUUCAUUGUAGCAUGUGUGCCUGUUCUUUUGGAUGGGAGUGAAGAAAUCGGUCCGAUGCUUGGCCUAAAAAGCAGUUUUAAAAGAUGGUGCUAUGCAGCUGCCAGGGAAAUGCACGAUGGAAAGAUGCUUGGAGUCUCCCUCCAUUGUGUCACCUGGGUGGUUAAGCCAGGCCUGCAUGUUUGUUCCCUCUUGACUGGAGAAGAUGGAAAACAGUGCCUGAGCCUUGCAAGGAGCAAAAGAAAAGGGAAGGUGAAUUUAUACACCCCAGUACCUGAGAGGGAAGAUGGGUUUCACAGCUGCUCCGACAGGAGAACAAAGCGCCCGAGUGAGGAGCUGGCAGCCAGGAGUGCUGCAGCUCUGUCCCCAAAAGUUCUGCUUGAGUCACUCAACAAGAACGAGCCGUCGGCCAAUGGCCAAUCCCAACCCAGGGAAUCCACAAACCCUCAGUUCAGGAAAAUGAGUGGAGACUUCCCAUCAGCCAAUGGAGAGGCUGGGGGGGAGGCCCCCAAGGGCUACACUCAGGACCAGCUGGAUGCAGUGAAGAGGGUAAAGCAGUGCAAAGAUUACUAUGAAAUUCUGGGAGUCAACAGAGAAGCUUCUGAUGAGGACCUGAAAAAGGCCUACAGGAAACUGGCCCUGAAGUUCCACCCGGACAAGAACCACGCGCCGGGGGCCACGGAGGCAUUCAAAGCCAUCGGGAACGCGUACGCGGUGCUGAGCAACCCGGAGAAGAGGAAGCAGUACGACCAGUUCGGAGACGAGAAACUCAACCCCGCCCGCCACGGACACAGCCACACCGACUUCCACCGCGGCUUCGAGGCUGACAUCUCCCCCGAGGACCUCUUCAACAUGUUCUUUGGGGGUGGUUUUCCUUCUAGUAAUGUUCACGUGUACAGCAACGGCAGGAUGAGGUACACCUACCACCAGAGGCAGGACAGGCGGGAGCACCAGGGGGAUGGUGGCCUGGGGCUGUUUGUCCAGCUGAUGCCCAUCCUCAUCCUGAUCAUCGUGUCUGCUCUCAGCCAGAUGAUGGUCUCCAGCCCACCCUACAGUUUGAGCCACAGGCUGUCUGUGGGUCACACACACAAGAGGGUCACAGAGCACUUGAAAGUCCCCUACUACGUGUCCGAGAACUUUGCUGAGGAGUACACGGGCACGAACCUGAAGAACGUUGAGCGGAGCGUGGAGGACGACUACAUAGCAAACCUUCGGAACAACUGCUGGAGAGAGAAGCAGCAGAAGGAAGGCUUGUUGUACCGGGCACGCUACUUCGGGGAUUCGGAUCUGUACCAGCGGGCACAGAAGAUGGGCACCCCCAGCUGUAGCAGACUGUCAGACGUCCAGGCCUCCCUGCACGGAUAGUCCCAGCCCAAGUACAAGCCGGGAGCAGGGAACCGUAGUGCUUUUAUCACUGAAAUCCCUGAUUGAGACACAGCCCUCCAGGAGUCUCCUCGGGGUGCACACAUGCAGCCUCCCCUCCGAUGGGCGCUCCCUCGUUAAUCAGGAAUUGAUUUGGUUUAAUUUGCAUGUCGGCGCCCUCGGCUCUCUCCAGGCUCCCUGUUUUCUGUGGCCUCUAGGAACAGGGCAGAAUCCCUUGGUGAGGUUGGAAGUUUCUUAGGUGCUGUGGCAUCCAGCCCCCACAUUUUAAUGAGCCCUUGUUUUUAGUUGCUUUGUUGUCUGUUUUGCUGGGAAGGCUGUUGGCCCUGGCACGUGAAGCAGUGCGGUGACAGGGAAUGGAGUCCCACCCAACAGAUGUUCCUUGUCCCCCCUCCCCGUUGCCUUCCCAUUCAAGGAGAACAAAGCAAAUGUUCCCAGCAGGUUGUAGAAGUAACUUACUGGGUUAAACUGGCAAUCAAAGUACAAGCAGCUGGAGGGGGAGGUCUGGAAGACUGGGGAUUGGAGAGCUUGGAUUAAGGAAAGCACAGAUAACACAUGUGUGACCGGAUGUGCUGGGAGAACUACACCAAAAUAAUGAAAAAAAAUUGCCACAGGGUUUGGAGUCCUUUUUCUGCAAAAAUUUUUGGGCUGAUUUCGCCUACCAGGCUGGGCUGCCUGUGAAAUGUGCAGAUCCCACUACCCCAGAAUUAUCUGAGCACAGGAUUUCUAUAGAAAAACUCCUGGGUGAAGCUUGUUCCAGGUGUUGCAUGGACACCAUUCCGGCUCACAGGGACUCCUUGAGGAUGUUGGCCACUGAGCUGCUUGAUUUGCACUUUUGGGGGGUGUUUUCCUCGGCAUCUGAAAGUUUGGCCUUUAAAGCAAAUCCUCUGGGGCACACUGGGCUUUUUUUUUUAGUGUGUAUCCUGGUUUUGGAUCCGUUCUUAUCUUGAUCCGCCCGCUCUCUCGUUUGGAUGACUGCGCCUCUUCUGGUGUUAAUUACCUGCUUUUCUUUAAUUCCCUCCCUGCACCCGUGGUCUGGAAAGAGCCUGGAAAAGCUGCUGCCUGUGCUGUGGGGUGGGGAAGCAAGGGGGAGUCACAGAUUGGCCGGAGACUGACACCGCCGCCGCUUUUGUUCCCAGAGCGUUGAAACGCCUGAAGACUUCUGGGGAAGUGCACUGAGCCAAGGUGACAGACUCUGCUAUUUAAAAAGAAUCAAACCUUAUCUUAAAAAUGGAAUUGGAGAAUUAGCAACGCACAACUGCCCCUCUUUCUUCUCUCUGCCUCUCUCUGACGAUCGCAGGCAGCGCUUGGGACAGGAAAUCCAGCUCUUGUCUUCAUCCUCCCCUUCCAACACCGCUGGCGUGCUCCCAGGAUCCCACAAGGAUCCCACAGCCCCUGGAACAGACACACAGAGUGUAAAAUAACCCAAACUAACUGCAGAAGCCGUGAAGCAGAAGGAGAGACCCUUUGCUGCUGCCAAUGGAGAGAGAAGUGGGAUUUUGUUGAUAAAAGAAGAUGCUGAAGAAAAAGAAAAGAAAAUAUAAUCUAUUUAGCAUUAAUUUAUAGCUGUAUAUAUGUUGUACUUUUAAACUAUGCAGGGGUUGGAUGAUUAAAUUAUUCUGGUUUCUGCCCGUUUUGGGGAGCAGAGCGGUGGGAAGCGUCUCUGUCCACAGCACUUUCCUGCCUGGAAAACAGGAAUCCCUUUGCAGUUGCUGUCCUUUGCUCCCAGGAGGAUGUUCUGCAGAUGGGGACAUCCAUACACCUGCUCCUGGGGUUUUGAUAAAACCAAACCCCAAAUGUGCAGGGGGUCACAGAGAACGGGGGGAGCCUGUCCAGAGCCAUGGAUCUGCAGCGUCGGCAGAAGCCGCAGGAUCAGCUGAGCGCCGGCGUCGCGCUCAGGAUGGGAAGGAUUGUCCUGGAUGGAUUUUGCUCGUCAGUCUUUGGUUAAUUUGUGCACGUAAAUCCUUUUUCUGCCGAGUCUGCUCGAAUUCUGCCUGGUAAUCAGCGUGCUCCGUGCAGAGAGGGCUUUCCAACAGCCCUUUGUUGGGAGGUUUUGUGCUUGGGUUCCUCACCCCCACCAGCCACCCCCCAGCGCUCCCGGGUGCAGCCUGGCCCUGGCCUUCACACCCUGUCUCGUGUUUCCUGCAGGACACCUGGAAAAAUACCACAAAUCCAUAAGGAACAAAGUAUUCUGUUGGAAGAAGUUCUGCUGGGGGAGAUCAGGGAGUGUCUGAUCUGCCUCUGCCUGCCCCACCAGAGGCAGGACCAGUGUGAGGCUGCUCCAGGUGAGGAGCCAUCUCUUGGAAUCAAAGCCAGCACGAGCAGAGCCACCUCCCAUGGAAUAAACUGGAUUAUUUAACUUUUUUAAUUUUUUUUUUUUUUUUGCUGCUCUGCAGCUCUUUUGUGUCUAAAGACAUUUCCAGUGAAAACCAUCCCCUGGCACGGUCAGGGGAGUGAGCUGGGAGCACGGCAGCUUCCGGGUGGGCUGGCAGAGGUGGUUUUAUCCCGUUGUCCUUAGGAAUCCAUGCACUCUGUCUUGGCUGUUUAUUUAUUUUGUGAAAUCUCAACCUCCCGUUGGCUGCAGGCCCUGUUAUCCCACAGCCACCGUGGCUUGGACUUGAUUUUAGGGGGUUUUAUUAUUUCUUUUUUUUUAAUGGUUCCUCCACCUUUCAGAAGAAAUUGGGUGGAAGUUCAGGAUUGGAAAUGGCGCUCGAUAGAGGCACAGGGAUGAGGGGACGGGGUUAAACCAAAAUCCUGCUCGCAGAAGGAGCUGGAUGUGUUGCCCAGUGGCAUUCCCUGCCCGGAGCCUGCCUGCCAAAACCUUCAGGUUAUUUUUCCUGGUAGAUACCCAUGGAUCAUAAGGAGGGAGAAGGCAUCGAUCCCAGUGGAAGCUCACAGAGGCUGUAUCUCUCAAUUUAGAGUCAAUUAUACAAUUGUACAUCUAUAAAUAAAUGUUUAUAAUGUGAAA